AUGACACCCAAACCCUACUUCAACUCCAAAGGCGAGGUCCUCAGCCUCAUUGACUACAUGGGAGUCAAAAGGAUCUCAGACUGGACCUACGAGUCCACAACAAAAGCCUACGAACCCACCGGUGGAGCCAACGGAGCAUACGGCGGCUUCUUCUACGCCCUCUCCGCCUGGGACAGCAGCCCAAACCAUCUCACCAAAUCUAAUCAUCCACCGCAUAAGCGGAACUUCAUCCUCGGCGGAAUCCCCAGUGAGCACUUCACCCUCAACAUCACAAAACUCGGAGACGGAGGGAGUGAACUAACAGCACCCGCUCCGUAA